AUGUUUCUGCCGCAGCCUCUCAAUGACAUUGACAUCUCGAUCUUCCAGCCAUUCAUCCAGAACGAGUACUUGAAGGACCAGCAGCACCCCGGAGCCAAUUCACGAUCAGAUCAACGACAACAGCAAUUACCAUUACAACUACCACAAAUACAACAACAUCAACAUCUGCAACUGCACAAUGUGACCUUCCCUGGGCAGCCGCUGGGCACAGGGACCGGGCCUCCCUCACACUCACACUCUCACUCACAGUUCCCGCUCUCACCGCCCAUCUCGUUCUCCGACUACGAGACGUUACAUUCCGCCACCCCGGAGGAAUGCUAUCCCUCGUGUGCCGGUAUGAGUUUCGAACUUCAGCCUGCUGACGACGACGAUGAGGAGGAACAGGAGGAUGGCUCAAGCCAGCAAGUGGGCUGCCAAGAGGAGUCCGAGGAAUGUUCAUCUUCGACACUGAACGCCUCUGCCGCCGUUCCUCCGGUCAAGUGGUCGGAGGUGGUCCCCUGGAUCUCGACGAAGCCGCCUGCCCGCGGUCGUACCCGCGGGAGUAAACGCAAGGCGGCAGCGGCUCAGAGCGGAGAGUCUGCCGAUGCCACAACAGCUGCCGCCACCAUGGCCGCGGCGAACAACAAACCGGGCGCCAAAAGAAGGGGCCGGAAGUCUCGCGCGUCGCGCCAGCAACAGCAGCAGCGCAUCAAGACCUUGGCCGACGAGGACGACAACGAGGACGACAAGAAGAAUGCGGCUGCCCUGGACCAGGAGGCCAAGGCGGCGCACUCGGUCGUCGAGCGGCGAUACCGCGACAACCUCAACGGCAAGAUGAGCCAGCUGUACUAUGUGUUGAGGGAGGUGAACUCGCCGGGCCCGCACUCUCAAUUGCGCCUGUCGAGCACCACAGGACCCACAGCACCGGCGGCGGCGGCGGCAUCGCUCCCGUCGUUCCAACCGCCGACCCGCGUGCGCAAGUCCGAGAUCCUCAACUCGGCCAUCGACUACAUCCACCAGUCCGAGGUCGAGAUGCGCCACAUGGCCGACGAGAUCAGGCAUCUCCAGGACAAGGAGCGCACCAUCCGCAACCUCGUCAAAUGUGAGGAGUGGGCAGUGCUCAAGGCGUUGAUGAGUAGUGGGUGA